UUGGUGCUCGUGCGAAGCAUUACGGAGCUUAUCGGAAGAAACACAGAGCCGUCUUCAAGAUCCUCGAGGCGGGAUAUGCCACAGCCCGCCGCAUCAACGAGGAGUGGCAGUUCUGCCGCUGGCGAAAGGUGGGCCGCCUGCGCGACGGAAACAAAGCGGGGUUGACUGCGCUGGCAUUCGCGCGUAAGCUUCCCGUGUAAGGCCUCGUGUAUGCGUCCUCCUCUCCACGCGGUGUGCCACGCUGGCGGCCCGCGCGAGCCGCGGCUUCAGGUCGCUAUGCUUCCUCGCGUAAGCCCAGUGCUGUUUUUCGUCGCCCAGAAGGCGCAUCUGCGGGCUGGUCCCUGGGCUCCCGUGGGGAGGAGGUGCGGAGUCGAGCGCCUGCUGGCCAGCGAGCCGCGGCGGGAGAUGCGCGCCGCGCAGCGGGCCGUGCUGCGCCGCACCGCGGCCGUGCAGGCUGCCUCUUCGCCGUGGCUGGUUUUCUGCGAAGGGCCCGAGGCGGGGGCCAAGACGUGGCGGCUGGCGCAUCGCGGGCACCGCGGCAACCGCCCCUGGCACAGGGGCACGCCCACCAGGAAGCCUUGCCGCCGACCCAGCUGGAGCGACAGACAACUGGGCCCUAACCAGACAAGCACCACGUGAGCGCCCAGCUCCGCCAAUCAUGCCCAGCAUGCCAGGCGUCCUGCGUGGGCGUGUGUUUCCGUGGUCCAGGCACGUGCCGGGGAGCCCGGCCAGGGUCGCUGGGCACGUCUGGGAGCCACCUCGAACCACGGCUGUAGCUCGACGGGCAGUUCCGCGCGUGACUGACAGAUAGCACAGCUGCAGUCGGCCAGGAUUGUGCUGAGCAUUGGGGAGCCUCCUCGCGACGGUCGUCUGGAGGUUCUUUGAAGCGAAUGUGAGCGUUCAGCAGUCUUGGGGCAUCGGCGACGCUGCCUGUGGCGACCAUUUGGCUUCACGGGAGCUUCUCGUGGCAAUGCUGAAAUUCUGGGAGCCGCCGUGGGGGGAAAAGGGUUUUGUAGUGAGG